AUGCGCCGGUCGCUCUUGUUUCUGGUGAACUUUUCGCCGCUCUUCAUGCCGGCUCUCUCGCCCUCGAUGGAAACGGGCGUCAUCGUGGAGUGGAAGAAGAAGGUGGGCGACCUCGUCGGGGAGAACGACGUGUUCUGCACAGUGCAGACUGACAAGGCGAUAGUGGACUACACAAACACCUUCGACGCCGGCUACCUGGCGAAGAUAUUCUGCCACAGCGGGGAGACGGUGCCUGUUGCGAAGACAAUUGCCGUCAUGGUGGAGGAUGAAGCUGACAUCCCUAAACUUGCGGACUACUGUCCGGAAGACGCUGCCGCGGGUGGUCCGGCUAGGACGGAUGCCCCCACUUCGGCACCUGUUGCACCUGCCACCGCGGCUGCUGCCCCCUCGGCGCCUUCGCAUGGUAAACGAUACGGUGGGUCGCUUGAGGAGGCCAUUGCGGCGAGCGGACCUGCUGUCGUGCGCAUCGCCGCGCGGCUGAACCGCAAAACGCUGGAGUCGCUCCAGUUCACUGGCAAGGACGGGCGAUUUUCAAAGAGCGACUUUUUGGGGCAGCCGGGGUUCAACGACGACGAGGUGCCGCCGCCGCCGCCUCCAGCCUCCACAGCCUCCUCCGCUCCUGUCUCCACGAACACUCGUGGUGCCACUCAAAAGCAAUCUUCUACCGCGGCAGUGUCAUCUAACGGUGGUGUUGUGGUGAAGGCGACCCCUGUCUACAACCUAAAGGUCAGUGACACGACACUCCUGCAGCAACUGCUUCGCACGAUGCCGUUGCCAAAGCCAAAAGUCUCUGUUGCAGGGAAGAAGCAACAGUAA